AUGACACGCGGAACAUUUGCUAACAUUCGUCUAGCGAAUAAGCUUGCAUCGAGGAUAGGCCCACAAACUUUGCACAUACCAUCCGGAAAAGAAAUGGAUACUUAUGACGCUGCAAUGAAAUACGCCAGUGAGGGUCACUCUGUCAUCGUUAUUGCUGGAAAGGAAUAUGGUUGUGGCUCAUCUCGAGAUUGGGCUGCUAAAGGGCCAUAUCUUUUGGGUGUGAAAGCUAUACUUGCUGAAUCGUUUGAACGAAUUCAUCGUUCGAAUUUGAUUGGCAUGGGCAUCGUUCCGUUACAAUUCAAAAAAGGAGAGAAUGCCAAAUUUUUAGGGUUGACCGGAAAAGAACAAUAUACCAUUACCAUUCCUAAUGACCUAAAAGUACGACAUCUGCUUAAGGUUACCCUUGCAAAUGGAAAAAACUUCGAGGUAAUCUGUCGUAUCGAUACUGAAGUUGAGCUCACGUACUACCGCCAUGGUGGAAUUCUUCAGGCUGUUGAAAACUUGAAAGAGGAGCGAGUGACUGUGUUGUUUGGAUACGUGAAUACGAGCGAAGAUCGAGCAGUCGUCGGAACUAGAGGACUUGCAAAAGAAGAACAGAGGGACCGCCUUUGGCCACUCAUCUACCAAGGGUCACGAGAGGAACUCAGCACUAUUCGCCAGAUCGACUUUCUGCAGAAAAAUAAGAUUCUAGCUCUCGCAGUUGAUAACAUUAAAAGCAACACUGACGAUGAUCCCGCUUAUUUGCCUCCAGAGCAACUUUGGGCUUUUCAGUUUCGAAACCAGAACCGGCAAACGUCGUCAGCUCCUGAACUCGAGCACGUUCAUGGGCCGACAUAUGUGGUUAACGAGGAACCACCGACCGAGCCCGAAGUACUGGUGAUAGCUGGGGUAAGACAAGGAGCAGUGGCAGGACCCUUCCUGUUCAACUUGGCUAUCAACGAUAUCAUCCGAAGAACAGUCGAUCAGUGUCCUGCCGACAUUGUCUUAGCACCGCCAGGGUGCCCCUUGACUGAUCUAGAGUACGCCGUCGAUGUUGUUAUAUUCGCGGAAAGCACUGCGAAACUUCAACAUGUUGUCAAUUUUGUAUCGAAGUUCGUUGCAGCCUAUGGAUUACGUCUACGCCCUGAUAAAUGUAAGGAGAUGUGGAUCUCUUUGAGGCCUCAAAUGAGAAUCGGGGUGGACGUACAACUAGUUGAACUCGUCGAUGAGUUCUGUUACCCACGUUGUAUGCUGAAGAACAACGGCAGCUACGAGAAAGAUAUUCAGCAGAGAAAUUUGUAA